UGGGGGACACAAAAGUGAUGUCAGCGCUCGCUGCGGACAAUACAGAACUACGGGUGGCUCUUUAUUACCUAUGACCAUAACAAUAACACGUGUGUCAGUUUAAUUAAAUAAAUAAAAUAAAAUGGGUCAUCAAAGUUGUUGUGUAGUCGAUUGCAAAAAUACUAGUAGGAAUAGUAAUUGUAAAUUUUAUAAGUUUCCGGUUGCCAAGUGGAAAUUAAAUCAGCGAAAAAAAUGGAUAACUGCUGUUAAAAGGCAAAAUAUUGAUGGAUCGUUAUGGUCUCCAAAACCUAUGGAUGUUAUAUGCAGUGAACACUUCAUUGGCGGUGAAAAAUCAGAUGUUGAAUCAAGUCCUAAUUACGCUCCAACUAUUUUUCCAUCAGUUUAUAGAAGACAAAAUUUUGAUCCAGCAACAUCGGAUAGAGAACGUCGAAAAUUGAAUCGUAAAAAUUAUUUCAUGAACCGCAAAAAUAAGAAGAUUUACAAUGAACGCGGUCUUAUAGCUUCGACAGGCAAAGAUCUUUGUGAUUGUCUAGAUGAAACCUGCCCAGGUUGCCAUUUUCCAUGUCCUAAAUGCAAUUCCAACAAAUGUGGACAUGAGUGCAGAUGUAACAGAAAAUGGAUGUAUGACAAAAUAGAAAUAGAAGGAAAUGAUUUCGUUAUAAAAAAUGUCUACAAGAAGAAAUAGUCUCCAGUACAUAACAUUAUAAAAUCAACUGUUGGCUAAUAAUUUAAAAAAGUAUUCAACUUCUUGUUCUCCGUCUUCAGGGAGAUCGGUACAAUGUACCGCAUUGUGCACAAUGUUUUUACCAUAGAGUGCUCUUAGGGAAUCCGGAUAUAAUUGACGACACAGCUCCUGUUGGAAGAAAUAAUUUUCACAUCUUGCCUAUCAGAUAUUUUAUAAAGUGAUUGUUUCUUUUUUCGCCUAAUCUUACAUUAAAAUAUAAAUUAUAAAGAA